CCCAGCUGUCUCUGUCACAGCUGUGGUACCAGGAUGUUCAUGCAGACCGUUGCUAGAUUUCCUUUGACAGCCAUUUCUGCAUCCGUCAAAAUACAGUUUGCAUCAUUUGGUUUUCAAGAGGAGUUUGCAGAACUCAAAACAAACUAAAUCUGUUGUCUUCCAUUUCUGUUUUGAUUACUGUGUUGUGACUCUGAGUCGAUUGUUUUGCUUUUUUUUUUUUUUAACAUGGGAAGGUUUGACGUGUGCUGAGACUUCUUGUUACAUAUGUUUAAAGACCUGUGUUCAUCUCCAUCCUCAGCAUUUGGCUGGUUUUAUCGAUAUGAAGGGAAACUGCCUUCAAUGCGCAAGAAAGGAGAAAAGAAGAAGAAAAAAAAGAAAACUUCCAACACAGACACGCUGCAGGAGCAGAGAAAAAACAAGAAGGAGAUGGAGUUCGAGCUGAAACUCGCCAAGGAGAAAGAAGAGAUGUACGAAAAAGAGAAGCAACUGAAGAUCAACCGGCUGGUUCAGGAGGUCUCAGAGACGGAGAGAGAAGACCUAGAGGAGUCGGAGAAAGUGCAGCACUGGGUGGAGCGUCUCUGUCAGACUCGGUUGGAGCAGAUCUCCUGCGUGGAGAACGAAUCCCCAGAGCUCUCCCCGCCGCGCUCUCCUGCCGCUGAGCCCAAGGUGAAGCGCUUCGCUGGCGGCCUCCACCUCGCCACCACAGAUCUGGACGACAUUAACCUGGAUGAGGUGGAUCAGAGCCUGAGGGGCCCUCUGAAGAGACUGGCCCCCACCCAGCCCAGCAACAACCAGCCUCCCCCUCCCUUGCCUCUCCCUCCACCCUCACCCAAGCUGCAUCCUACCAUACCCAACUACUCCCCUCCUUCCUCUCGAGUGUCCCCACAGCGGCGCCCUCCUUCUCCACCCACUGCUCGAAAACCUCCCUCUGGCCCGUCUACCUCGAACAACAAGGGGCGCAGGCCUCACCCUCACCCUCAUCCUCACCCUCAUCCUCACCCUUCCCAACCUGCUCGCCCACCUUCCUCCAACUACCCUCCUCCACCUCAGUCGUCAUGGCCUCCUUCCUCCCCCCAGCCUGCUCCGCGGCCUCCUCCGCCGCCACCUCCUCCUCCGCCGCCCCCACCGCCUCCACCUCCGCCCCCACCCCCGCAACACUCGGAGGAUCGAGUCGGACCCCUCAGCGGGCACCGCCAGCAUCAUCACCAUCACCUCCAGCACCCUCCCAGUCCUCCGGAUCACAGGAGCGAGUGGGAGUCAGGCGGCUACCUCCCAAGAGGAGGAAUUUACUCGUCUAACGCCAGUGAAAUGUCCUACCCCUCCAGUCCGAAGGUAAUGAGAAACACCUCGCAUGCCAGUCGAAUUUCCAGUUCAAGCUCCCCCUUGCAACUAGCUCCUAGUCCCCCCAACCAGAGGCGUCAGAUGGCUCCCGUCAUGUCCAAACCCGUCAUGCUGCCUCAGUCCCAGACCCACCGACCAGACCUGCACAGAUCUGCAGUCCGUUCUGACGUCUUGCCUCCGGAAAUGCUGAAACGGAUGGUUCCCUUCAACUCGUCGUUUAAAUCAAACACCAAACGACAAGUAAUCCACACCUAUCACCACCUGCCUUAGAUCGCUGCUGCUCCUGAGUGCUUUUUCCUCCAGUUUCUUUCUGCCCUUUAUCCAUCCGUGGUAACACAUCAGGUGUCCUCACGGUCGACUGGAGCCUCUUCCUUUAGUUUUUCAUUAUCUCCUCUCUCUUGUUGUCUGUAUCACUUCGCCAAUGCAUGACUGCACUUUGAUCGAUGUGGAGCAACACACUGCGAUCAUGUAGUGUGGGAAUGCACGUGUUGUGGUUUUAUUGCCGUUAUUGGUUUUCAUCCGUACCGGCAGCAGCAGCAGAUUGUUUCUGUUUGUUUUAAAGGCUCGUUGAAGCCGGUCGUCGCGUCCGUUCACACAGAACAUCGGUCUCAUUUGAUUUAAUGUAUCUGUCGGACUAAAAUACCACAUCACUGAUAUUGUUUUCCAAUUUCUGCCUCAAGCCACGAUUAAAUAAAAAACAUAUUUCACAAAUGAGUUCAUUUUUUAUGCCCGCGUUGCACAACAACAACAACAACAGGAAAUGAACAGCUAGAUUAAUGUGUUUACUUUGCAGGGAGAAAAAUGUGACGUCCUUUGUUCACUUUCUUUUACCCUGAAAUUAAAUAGCCGUCGACAUUGGGUGGAGUCAUCAUCUGUGGAUGAGUUGAAUUAAAGUAUGAAGCUUUAAAAGCAUCUGUGCUUUUUUACUUGGUGUCUCAGAGUGUUACCAUGGUUACUCAUUUUUCAGCCUGGAAUUAAAAACACUAACAGAGAAAGUGGUUGUCAAAGGAAAUCUGGCUCGGUCUUCAUAAUGUGACUUUUUUGUGCCCUGGUUGUUGUUGUUGUUGGCUCUCUGUUGAUGUAUUGAUCUGUUUUCAAUGAACUGCGUGUUGAUUCUC